UCCUCCUCGAUCAAGCAAGCCAUCUCUUCCCUUCUCCUUCUUCUUCUUCUUCCCGAACACUUCACUACUGCCUGUCGUCUGUCCACGUAAAUCUCUGCCCGCUCGAUCGCCACCACGUGCAACCUUGAUUAGCUAGCGCUAGCUCAUGGACAUGGGCAUGGGCUUGGAGGACCUGGAGGGGAGAGGGAUGAUGAGCCCGGAAGGCUCGGCGAUGUCGGCGGCGGGGACCGACGACGAGGGCGACCUGCGCAGGGGCCCGUGGACGGUGGAGGAGGACGUGCUGCUCGUCAACUACGUCGCCAACCACGGCGAGGGCCGCUGGAACUCGCUCGCUCGCUCCGCGGGCCUGAAGCGCACGGGCAAGAGCUGCCGGCUCCGGUGGCUCAACUACCUCCGCCCCGACGUGCGGCGCGGCAACAUCACGGCCGAGGAGCAGCUGCUCAUCCUCGAGCUCCACUCGCGGUGGGGCAACCGCUGGUCCAAGAUCGCGCAGCACCUGCCCGGCCGCACGGACAACGAGAUCAAGAACUACUGGCGGACCCGGGUGCAGAAGCACGCCAAGCAGCUCCGCUGCGACGUCAACAGCAAGCAGUUCCGCGACGUCAUGCGCUACGUCUGGAUGCCGCGGCUCGUCGAGCGGAUCCAGGCCGAAUCCGCCGGUGGCCUCGAUGCGGCGGCGGCCGUGGGUGCGCCUGCGACGACGGUGAGCGCGCCAGCCGCAUACCAGCUAAGCGCGUACCAGAGCGUCGUGCCGCCGAACAAAGCUCACGGCCACAACGUGGACUACAACGAGCCGAGCCAGACGACGGUGACGGCCACGAGCCCCGGCGACACCUCCAGCGCGCUGCGGUCGUCGCUGUCCGCGGAGGCGUCGCAAGGGGCGCAUUACACGUCGGGCACGACGCCGAUGAGCGAAGGUGGGGCCGUCCAGCGCUGUGGCCCUGGUACGACGAGUGGACCGAUGGGCAGUGACGUGAUCCACGUCGACGAUGUGCUCGGCGGGAGCUGGUCGGAGCUUCUCGCCACCGCCGGUUGUGAUGACUCCAUGAUCGGCUUGCCGGAAUUCGAAUUUGGAGAUUUUGAGGAGAAUUUGUGGAGCCUGGAGGACCUUUGUUUACAUCAGCAGCGCUUACAAGUGAAGGAGCAAAUAUAAAAUGAAAUUCCACAAGUAACUUAGUAAGUUCAUAUAGAAAGGUUUUAGUUCAUAUACAAAUUCGAAACAUGUGCAUACCUCCUUUGAUUUUCCUUCUAUAGAAGAUUUGCAGCUUGCAUUCUUCCGGCGUCCUCUAUCAAUUGUAAAGAAAUUCAAGUGUACUUGAAGCUCCAGUAAUACGGUUCGAAUGUUUCUUACA